AUGGACGUCUUCUCCCCGUCCCAGGUCUACUACGACCGGGCGUGCGCCUCGUCGCCGGACAGCCUGGAGUUCGGCCUGGGCGCCGAGCUGGCCGGCUCCGAGGAGGACGAGCACGUGCGGGCCCCCGGGGCCCCCCACCAGCCGGGGCACUGCCUCCAGUGGGCCUGCAAGGCCUGCAAGCGCAAGUCCAGCUUCGUGGACCGCCGGCGGGCCGCCACCAUGCGCGAGCGCCGGCGGCUGAAGAAGGUCAACCACGCCUUCGAGGCCCUGCGGCGCUGCACCUCGGCCAACCCCAGCCAGCGGCUGCCCAAGGUGGAGAUCCUGCGCAACGCCAUCCAGUACAUCGAGAGCCUGCAGGAGCUGCUGCGCGAGCAGGUGGAGAGCUUCUACGGCCUGCCGGCGGAGAGCGGCUCGGAGCCGGGCAGCCCGCUGUCCAGCUGCUCCGACGGCACGGCCGACAGCAACAGUCCUGUGUGGCAACAGCUGAAUGCAAACUACAGCAGCGGCUAUUCAUAUGCAAAGAGCGAGAGUUUGAGUGAUAAAAAUGGCGGCGCGUCCAGCCUGGAGUGCCUGUCCAGCAUCGUGGACCGCCUGUCCGGCCCGGCCGCCUUCAGGGACGCCGCCACCUUCUCCCCCGCCGGCUCCGACUCGCAGCCCUGCACGCCGGAGAGCCCCGGGUCCCGGCCCGUCUACCACGUCCUGUGA